AUGAUGAUGUGCUCUUCACAGGGCGUUGACACGUGCAACCGCCGCUACACAGUAAGGACGUGUACCGGCAGCGAGGACUACUCGGCGGUGAUCGGCCUCGUCGACGCUUGGUGGGGGGGAAGACGAAUGUCGCCGAUGCUGCCCCGGCUUUUCUUCGAUAAUUUCUGCGACACUACCUUCAUGGCGGUGAUCAGGGACGAAGCACAACCAGCGGAAGCACAACAAGCGGAAGCGGCAGACACGAAACAGCGGGACGAAGUUGUUGUGGGGUUUCUCUGUGGAUUCGUCUCCCAGUCCAGGGCCGGAGAGGCGCACGCUCAUUUCAUCGGCAUCGACCCUGCUCACAGAGGGGCGGGGCUAGGGGCGCUUCUUUACGAUCAGUUCUUUAAGGCAGUCCAGACUCGUGGCUGUACCCUCGUUCAUGCCGUGACCAGCCCUGCUAAUACCGCAUCCGUGGCGUUCCACAAGGCGAUCGGCUUCGAAGCAGUACCCGCUAUUGCGCCCGAUGCAGAAGGUGACGAGAGAAAGGGGGGAACUGGAAAGGCGAGAUCGAGCUCAGGAGCGUCGGAGCAUCGUUCCUUGGGUGAACAGAGCGGAAGAGUCCCUGUUGAUAGAGAGCUUGUACACAUCGACUAUGAUGGCCCGGACGAUGGGGAUAGAGUCGUUCUCGAGAAGCGUUUGUGA